AUGUCCCAAUCGCGCCAGUCCACCACUUCCCCCAACUUUCCACGCGCCGCCUCACACGAGUCCUCUAAGGAAAAUGUUGCACCUGCGGACGCAGAGGAGUACGAGGCUCAAAGGCGGCAGAUAGAACAGCUGAAAGCCGACCUCGGCACCCUACGCUACACAAUCACCACCGCUGAAGCCGACCAGGAGAUCGCGCGAGUCCAGCAGGAGAAUGAGCUGCGGAAGGCAAGGGCGCUGGCCGAUGACGAGUUCAAGAAAAAGCAAGCUGCAGAGAGUGAGGCGAACGCCGCGCUCAGGCAUGUGGAACGUCUGCAACAAGAACUUCAAGAGCUUCGGGAAACCCACGAUGGCCAGAAGGCUGAAGCGGAGAAGCGCGCAAAGGCAGCUGAAGAUGAGUCCAGGCUUCUCAGGGAGCAAAUAGAGGACCUCAAUGCCGCCAGAGACGAGCAGGCCCGUCUGGAAGAGAGAAAGGUGGCAGAUUUACAAUCACAGAUCCAAACAGCGAGCAAUCAAAUCGCAAAACUAGAGCAGGAUGGCCAAGCGAGGGAGGAGACCCUACGCCAUGUUCAAGAGCAGCUGGCUGGCAAGGAUAAUUCUAUCGGGGAUUUGGAGGCGGAGGUUCUGCGGCUCAAGGCCCACACUGGCGACGCAGAGACCAUGGCAAUUAUACGGCGGGAGCUCUCCGAGCAAGUUCAGCACAUUCGCCAUUUGGAGGCAACGAACGAAAGGCAACUGGCAGAACUUAAACGCCUUCGGCAGACUCACAAGGCCGUGGAAAUCGUCGAGGAGGAGAAGGCCACCCUUUUGAGGAAGCUGGACGCUGCUGAAGACAUGAGGGCAGAAUUGGGCGAAGAGCGAAGGCAGAGAGAACGGUUAGAAGCUGAGCGUCUGGCCUGGGCUGCGUACCUGGAGCACGAGGGCCAGGCUGAAUUCGACUCGCCUGAAGCCAUGGCACGGGCUCUGGUGGAAGAGCGUUUCAACUCUGCCUCUCUCCUAGAGAAGCUCGGCUCUAUUCAGCCCCAGGUUGCAGAGAGGGACUCCCUGAUCAAGGAUCUCGAGGAUGAGAAGGCAAGCCUAGUCAGCCAGAUUGAACAGCUCAAAACGAGUCCAGUCAGUGGCUCAUUCGACAAGGCGCGCCAACGAUUUGAUCGCCAACGCGUCCUCGCCGAAAAGGAGGUCGAAUUUUUGCGGGCACAACUCAAGUCAUACGACAGCGAAGACAUGACGCUCCAGCCCGAAGCAUACGAUGAGACCAAGGCUCAACGAAUCCAAGAGCUUGAAUCGCUUGUCGACAAGUACAAGGCCGAAGUGCACAAUCUGGAAUCCGAGCUCCGAUCAGCCGAAUCCUCCAGCAGCAGCCCUGGAGCGGUUGCGGGCGUGAAACGGCCAUUGCCGACUGAUGACACGGCCGAUUCUCAACAACACAACGAGCAACUGGGCCAACUCGCGCGUAAGAACCGCAAACUCCAGGAUGACUUCUCCUCGCUUGAGACAAAGCACAAAGUCCUCCAAAAAGAGCUGUCUGUUGCGCAGGAGCAGCUCGCGGCCGCAAAACAGUCGAGCAACGUGCGCAUCCUUCAAAUGCGCUCCAACCCGACAGACGACUACCAAGCGGCCAAACAAGCCACCAUCAACGAGCUGCGCAACGAGAACACAGAGCUCCGCCUCCUGGUGCACGACGGCGAAACGAGCAAGUUCCCCGUGGUGCCGGUGUCGACCCUCAUCGCCUUGCAGCGGGACCUGCAGACGGCGCGCGACGAGACCGCCUCGGCGCGCAAGAAGUGCCAGCGCCUCAAGGAGGUGUGGACGGACAAGUCGGCCGAGUUCAAGGAGGCCGUCUUCCAGCUCCUGGGGUGGCACGUGACCUUCAUCCCCAGCAACAAGAUGCGGCUCGAGAGCGUCUACUACCCCAGCGAGACGGACGAGCACGAGCGCUCCAUCGUCUUCGACGGCGAGCGCGGCUCCAUGAAGGUCGGCGGCGGGCCCAAGAGCGCCUUUGCCCUCAAGAUCUCGGACACGCGCAAGUAUUGGGUCACGGAGAAGAACUGCAUACCGGGCUUCUUGGCUGCCCUGACACUCGAGCUGUAUGACGAGGCUGUCAGGGAGGGCAACGACAAGUAG